AUGCUACGCAGCGCUAACGCUGAGUCAUACCAGACUUACUUUCCGGCCAUGAACCAAGAGGCAACCAGGAAAAACGACGAACUUCAGCGGCGCAGAUGGGCUCUCGGCAAGAUACAUGCGUUCAAACAAUCACUUGGCGAAAAUCAACAUAACCCUUCGCCAGGCUACGCGCUCAACAAGGAGCCUGGGUAUGCAAAGGUGGGAUGCCUGUUUCCCGUGGACCGGUUCAAUGAUGAGCUUCUGCGGUCUGUGAAGGAGCAAUUGCCGAGUGUCUUUGAGGAGGCAUUACUCUGCCAUCUUGAAGCCUGGGAAGAGUGGGUCAAACAGAUGAUGGUUCAUUGCGCGCAAUACUUGGACUACCGGCUUGCUCGGCUGAAGCAACACCAGGAGAUGGUGGAAGCGAUAAAGGGAGAUGACCGAGCCCCUGGGCCUGAAACCGAUGGCGAAGGAGACGAGAUAGCAGAAGGAUAUGAGAAAGCACAAACAUUGGCGAACUAG